GGCUCAGCCCACAACAGAGACAACCCCUCCAAAAGCCCGCAGCGAUUUAAAUGAAGACGUGCCCGACGACAGCAUUGAAGAUGACAGCGUCGUCAAUAGCGACCAUGCCCACUAUACUCCAACUCCCAUGACGUAGAAUCGACACUCAACUCCCAUGAGACGCACAAGUUUCCUGAAUUUGGGAGGGACUAUUUCAGACUAUUACGCAAACCGCGAGAUGACAAUCGUAAGAUACUCGAUGAGCAGGAUGAAAGCCUAUCCCACAUCUCGCAACAUGCCACGAUGCCCGUCCCACAGAUCCGAGCUCAAUUCCUACCAUAUUCGACUCAGUACAGAAUAAUCACUCACAUCCAAACCUCACUGGAAAGGCUUUGUUUCGAGUAUGUCAAGCGGAAGCAUCCCGACAUCUUGGAAGGAACACCUAAGCAAUGGGAACUCGAUUGCCCUGAAAGCAUGGAGCUGACACGAUGGUUGCAAUUAUUGGAGAACCCCCUGUGCAACAACAGAGCCGCGCGAAGACUUGUGCUAAAGGAAACUGGUAGAUCAAUCUCUGUCUUGUGGAGAUCACUAGCAACACUUCGCAACUUCGCGGUUCAUAGAAACAGGGCCGAUAUACCCACCUUGCAGUAUUGGACUGGCGAUGCCCGAGCACUCGCAAAGCUCCUUGGAGACCCUGAAACAGAAACACAAUUCGCAAAUAUGAGUCGCCAGCUACAAGUCGCAGCGAGAGAACUGCUCACCAAUAAAGCGAAUACAGAGGGCAAACUUCUGAAUACCUUCAAGGAACUCGCGGCGAAGCGAGCCGAACUGGAUCGAUUGGAAAGAGAAGCGAUUAAAGGCAUGGAAGAGGAGAGUACACGAUACAAAGAAUCUACCGCUGCAUGGCUACAUGAGUCCAUCUUACAGGAGCGACAUAGCUCCAGAUCCUCUGAAUCAAUUGCACCGGAGUCAAAUCACGCGCCUUCUUCACCGCCGCAGACUGGAGUGGUUGGCUGGCUCAAGAGAUGGUUCGGGUCUUGAUGAAUCAUCGACAUUCGACCCCUCAAACAUCAAACGACUGAUACACGUAGAACAGAACCGUCACAAUCAUACUCACUGCUCAAUCCUCCUCACUCUUCUUCCUCCCUUCGACUCCUCAAAAUGUUCUGCGCGGCAGUGUUCAACUACAUGCGCGACCAUGCCCGCCAAUAACCAUCACAUCGACUCACGUAAC